AUGGCCUGGAAACACAAGAUCAUUUUUACUGGAUUACUGAGUUUGAUUUCAGUGCAGUGGACUUUGUCUUUUUCAGAGGAAGAGCUCGAUGCCAGCUACUGGAACAACAAAGGGAAUCAGGCUCUUUACAAUGCCCUGAAUGUUCAGUCCAAUCUCCACCUAGCCAAGAACCUCAUCCUCUUCCUGGGGGACGGUAUGGGUGUACCGACAGUGACCGCUGCCCGUAUCCUCAAAGGCCAAUUGGCAGGAAAAUCUGGAGAGGAGACCAGUCUGGUUAUGGAUACCUUCCCUCACCUGGCGCUAUCUAAGACAUAUAACGUGGACCAGCAGAUGCCAGACAGUGCUGGCACAGCCACAGCAUACUUAUGUGGAGUGAAGGCCAAUUAUGGCACCUUGGGUGUCAGUGCUUCCACCCCGAGGAACAACUGUAGUGCCACCUUUGGUCAUGAAGUUGAAUCUGUUCUGCACCGUGCCAAGAGAGCAGGAAAAUCAGUUGGAAUUGUCACCACCACCCGAGUGCAGCAUGCCUCUCCUGCUGCAAACUAUGCUCACAGUGCCAACAGAGGCUGGUAUGGUGACUCUGAUCUCUCCGAUGAAGCGGUUCAAAAUGGCUGCCGUGAUAUUGCAUAUCAGCUGGUUCAUAACACAGAGAUAAAUGUCAUUCUGGGUGGAGGUCGUCAGUACAUGUUUCCCACAACCGUGCAGGACCCAGAGUAUCCAACCUAUAAAGGAUCCCGAAAUGACGGACAGGAUCUUGUUAAAGAGUGGCUGAAAAAUAAAGAGGAUGCUAAAUAUGUUUGGAACAAAGCAGAUUUUGAUGCUGUCAAUCCUUCAAAAACGAAUUUCCUGAUGGGUCUCUUUGAGCCCAAGGACUGUCGCUAUGAGUUGGACCGUGAUGCAUCCAUGGACCCAUCCCUCACUGAGAUGAUGGAGAAAGCAAUCAAGAUUCUCAACAAGAACGACAAGGGAUUUUACCUCUUUGUGGAAGGGGGGAGAAUUGAUCACGGUCACCAUGCAGGGCAGGCCAAAAAAGCCCUCUAUGAGACUGUCGAGUUUGACCGGGCGAUUGGGAGAGCAGCUGAACUCACCAGUGAGCUGGAUACCAUGACUGUGGUCACUGCAGACCACUCCCAUGUCUUUGCCUUUGGAGGAUAUUCUGCCAGAGGAAACUCUGUUUUCGGCGUGUCUCGUGAACUAGCAGAUGACAACAAGAAGUUUACAACUGCUGUGUAUGGAAAUGGGCCGGGAUAUGUAAAUGGUACUCGCCCAGAUGUAAAUGACUCAGUUUCAUCGGAUAAUGAGUACCGCCAGCAGGCACCUGUACCUCUUGGUUCAGAGACCCAUGGCAUAGAAGAUGUAGCCAUCUUUGCAAAAGGUCCCAUGUCACACCUCUUUCACGGGGUCCAGGAGCAGAGCUACAUUGCCCACGCCAUGGCUUACGCUGCCUGUUUGGAGCCCUAUGUGAACUGCACACUCCUACCCAACUACGCCGGAUUGAUCCACCCCAGCCUGCUGCUCCACCUGAUAGGCCUCCUUUUUCUCUCCCUCUGCUCUGUCUGA